AUGGCGUGUCUAACCAUCAGAAAACCAAACGCAGCAUCUCUCGUGGAGGAAGACCCUCACCGUACCUUGCACGAGUUUUCACUCGUGCGGCCAGGUGCAACGAAUGAUUUGGUUUUUCUGACAAAGUGGAUAUAUUGUACAAAUGUUGGCCUGGACAAUAUUGGUGAGGGAAAAAUGAGUAUAAUACAUGUAACCCAAAUGUUAUACUAUGUGGUUGAUUAA